UAUACACAUGAAUAACUUUAGGUGUCACCAUGACUCAACGGGGCUGGACUUUAAGACUCAUCGAAGGCUAUUUAAAUGCAUUUGCUUUCCUCAGUUCUAUUACAUGAAGUCACAGCCACUGACUGUCAGCAAAACGGUAUCUCAAUUCAUUUCUCCACAUUGCCGCAAGGACAGGAAUCCUCAUCAAUUAUCACCAAUUUGAAGAUGCUCCUCAAUCUACAUCUUAAUAGAAAACAAUAAAAUAUAAUUAAAGUGAAUUGACUAAAUUAAUGCAGUAUUGAUCAUGUAUACCAUACCUUCAUCCAGAAGUGAAACCAUUGCGAUUCCAGAUAAACUUAGAGAGUCCCUAUCAUGCCUCGAUGUUGUGUGGUCCGAUAUGUUUCAGGCAGUAGACAUUAACCCUGAAGAAGCAAGAGAGCAUGAGUCUGACUUUCUUAAAGGAGCCCCACCAAAGUGGCUUAAUUUAUCAGAGGAAGAAAACUCAACUUUAGUAAAGAGGGACGGGUUUACUGAUUUAACACAGUUAAUUAAGAGGAAAAAAAGAAAAAGCUGUCUGAUCACUGAUGUUUCUUUACAAUACCAGCCUGGCAGCGGAGGCUCAACUCUCUCCAUGCAGGUGCUUUGGUGUUUCCGGAAAGAUCUCAGAUGUGCUAAAGUGAUCGAUUCAGAUCUAGACACCAAACAGCUGUCCAAACAAGUGCUGGACCUUUUUCUGCUGUCUAAUGAAAAACAUGCAAAACAAGAUCGUAAAACUGUGCUGCUGUUACUGGACACCAAGAACAAGCUGGACAAUCAUCUCCAAGAAGAUCUGAUUGAGGAAAUCCAUACGAGGGGCAUUAAUACAGACUUCCCAGUUGUGAUAAUUUUGAACUGCAGGACUGCAGACUUUACUCUCACCGACACACUGAUUCUCAAUACAAGACUCUCUGAAGAGCAAAUUAGACAAUUUAAGGAAAAACUAAUGCAACAGAUCCGACUACAGAGAAAAGGCCAAAGGAAAGUCACAACCAUAAAUCUGUUGUAUCAUGAAGCCAGCGGAGGAUCAACACUAGCCAGUGAAGUACUGAGAGAUUUGAGGGAAGAGUUCACAUGUGAAACCCUGACAGAAUCAUUCAGAACAGAGACUGCUGGAAAUAAAGAUGAGUUGACAAGAGAGAUUGAAAAUACAGCAAACGGACUGCUCAGAAUAUAUGAAACACAUAACAACACUGUGCUUCUUCUGUUGGAUAACAAAGGAGAAAAGCUACUACGCUACUUAUUAAAGAGUCUGCUGUUAAAGCUAAAGCGUGUCGAUCAAACCAACCAUCCUGCAUUCAUCAUUAUCAAUGCUUGUUGGAAAAAAGUUGUUCGAGCGCCAGGCGAUGUGAAACUGAAAAUGGAGCUCUUACCAGAGGAGAAGGACAGAUUUGCUCAGAAAAAGCUUUGGCUGGAAAGUAAACACAAGGAAAUGUCACAGAAGUUGCAUGCCUUUAACGUCAUGCAGGGAGGUUUCCAGAAAGAAGAUGCAGAGAAACUGAUCACAGAAGAAAUGGUGAAUCAUAUUGAAAAGGACACAAAGUCCAGCAGCACAAGACUUCUUAGUUUUUUGGCUUUGAUAAACUCAUAUGUCCCAGGUUCACACUUGUUGAAGCUUUUCUGUGAGGAUUUCAUUUCCAGAAGAGAACAGCCAACCGAUGAGGAAAACCCCAAACUGGAAACAAUAAUGAAGCCUUUCGAGGGUCUCAUAGUAACAUACUCAGAAGGAGAACAAGAAGACCAAUGCAUUCGUCUGGCACAUCCAAUGAUUGCUGAUGCCUGUCUAAAAAUACUCACUGAGCACAAACUGACAAGGUUUGACAUCGCUCUUGACUUCUUGAACAGCAUGGUGGAAGGAAACGAGAGUAAUUAUGAGAAAAUUUGUAAGAGCAUGUUCAUCACAAGACCCGAGGGUCUGAUGGAAAAGGAAAAGUUUUCCAGACUGAUUCUUGACAUCAUGUAUGAAAGUGAAAAUUAUACUGAGCAAUGCAUUUAUUUGUUGCAGUUGGCUUCAGGUUUGUUCUGCAAAGACCCUUUUUAUCCUCAAGCACUUGCACGUUUUUAUUACAUUAAGGUAAAAGAAGAAAACAAAUAUUCUGAGGCAGAACGCUGGGCAAAAAUGGCAGUUGAAAGAGACCCUCAAAAUUCAUAUAUCAGUGAUACUUUGGGACAAAUUCACAAAAACCACCUGCGGAAAAUCUGGAUUGAAGCUGGAGAAACAUGCACAGACGUAGAGAACGUUUUGGCCAUUGCACAGUCUGCCAUUGAUGCAUUUAAAGAUGUAGAGAAAGCUGCUGAAAACGAGUCUGAAAAUGACACUGGAUUCAAUAACAGGGGUCUCUUUGGGUUCCUCCAGGUUUGCAAGAUCAUACAUUCAAGGCCUUUUCAACACUUUGAACAAAAACACAGUGAUUUCAUCAGUGAUCUCAGAGGUGAUGUGGAGUCUAGAUAUGAUUUCUUUGAAUGGUAUCUGGCAUUUUCAAGACUAAGCCUCAAUAAAGAGGAACCAGACUACUUUCAUGAAGAUGUUGACGAGUCCUACAGGAAAUAUUUUACACAGACAAGUCAGACUGAUGAAACCACCCUGAAUGAGAAAAAGAUGAAGUCUUUUGGAGGACUGCUUCAUUUUCUAAAAUCAGACAUCAAUGUGCUUAAACGAUAUAAAAGUACAUUUGAUAAUCCACAGUCCGAUAACGAAACCCAAACCGUUCUCUACAUCCUUGCCAACAUCACCUUGAGUCAGUCGGGUGAUCCGUGUGAAAAAACAGAAGAUCUUCAGGCCAGGUUACAGAAACUUUGGCUGAGAGAAAUGAAAGACAGGAGCCCAGAGUUUUACCUCUUGAUUCUUUUGCUCUUUUGGCCUGAUGAAGCACAGCCAGGAAUCACAAACCCUCCAAACCUUGAAAAGUGUCUCAGAAAAAUGCGUGAGUCAUACAAGAGAAAGUAUCAGAAAUACCUCAGCGGUCGCUACCUGGUGCCUCUGUUCUUCUAUGGGAAAGGAAAAGGUUUGGAGAGACUGGUUCACGUCUCAAAACUACAUCAAACUGCUCUGGAGCUCCUCACUGAAGGGGAUGGAAGAGUAGAAAUCAAAGAUCUUCCACGUGUCAAUGGGCAGAUCAGAAAUCAUAAAGUGUUUGCUAUUAGAAGAGAAAAACAGAUUAAAGUCUCUCCUCACGAUCCGUCCAGUGUGUGCAAACCAGGCCAGGUGUCUUUCUACCUGGGCUUCAAUAUCAGAGGACCAGUCGCCUACAACAUCAGAUAUGAAGAGAACUCUUUCAGGGGCGCAUAUUAUAUGAAGACAGACAGAACGAAAACAACCUAAAUGACCUUUUACCUUUGAUCUCUUUUUAUUUAUUUAUUUAUGUUUUUUUGCCACGUGAUUAUUCUCAGCACCAAGAAAAAUAACCAACCAACCAACCAACCAACAAACAAACAAACAAAUAAAUAAAUAAAGGUGAAAAAAAAUGAAACGGUGCAUAUUUAAAAAAUACAUCAAAAUAAACAUUAAAAUAUGUUUCAAUACGUAAACUACAUUACACAUUGACUUACAACAUGUAUUUAGUUUUAUUUUAUGUGAGAUUUCUACGUUCAUUGUAUAAACUUUUGUUUAUGGUGGAAUGAAAGUAUAAAAGCCAAAACACAUAUUUAAUUCCUCUUAAGUAACAUUUUGGCUUGUGUCUAAGAAAAUAUAUUGAUUAACGUGCACAUGAUGCUUUGCAUAGUAUUUAAUGAGGAGAGUAAAAAUGUUAAAAGUUAAAUGUUAAGUGUAACUUUUGUGUUUUUGUGCAAGAUGAGAAAAGGGGAUCUGAAAUGGUUUAAUGUUUAGUUAUGUUGGGAUUUGGGAUUGGUUUUAAUUAUACUGUUACCACUAGUGAGCAUGGGUGCAAAAAUUCUCUAUAAAAAAAUAAAAUAAAAUU